GUCAAAUAAAGCAGUAGGCUGAAACUUUUUUUUGGUGUCCGACUGUGAGGAGGAACGUCCUGCUCGGUGAAAGGUAAAGUGGACUCGCAUCGAUACCCGCCAUCAUGCCCCCUGCUCUGGCCAAUGGCUUGGGCUACAAACCCCUGGAUGGUGGUUGGGGAUGGAUGGUGGUGGUUGGGGCCCACAUUUCUAUUGGAUUUGCGUACUCCACGCCCAAAGUCCUCUCCAUUUUCUUCAAAGAGAUCCAACAAAAUCUAGAGGCCAGCUCCAGUGAAAUAGCAUGGAUCUCUUCCAUCAUGCUGGCUGUCAUGUAUGCAGGAGGACCGGUGAGCAGUUUGUUGGUCAAUCGCUUUGGAAGCCGGCCAAUUGUCAUGCUGGGGGGACUGCUAUGUGGAGUCUCUAUGGUAGCCGCUUCCUUUGGGAACUCCAUCGUUUACCUCUACCUUUGCAUCGGCGUGAUAGGAGGCUGUGGACUCUCCUUAAACCUCAACGCAUCCCUCACCAUCAUCAGCAAGUAUUUCCUGGUCAAGCGUCCUUUAGCCAACGGACUGGCCAUGGCUGGGAGUCCCGUGUUUCUCUGCAUCCUGGCACCCGUCAACCAAUUUUUAUUGCAGAUGUUUGGCUGGAGAGGAAGUCUCCUCAUCCUCGGGGGCCUGAUGUUAAACUGUUGCGUCGCCGGGGCCUUGAUGAGACCCGUCGCUCGGCCUCCAAAGCGCCCCACGUCCGCACCACCGCUGAACGAAGCUAAGGAACCGCCCAAAACCUGCAACACGAGGCCAAAAAUGGGCUGUGUGAACAACGGCAAGAAGUUCUUGGAUUUCACCUUUUUCAAGGACCGAGGCUUCGUCAUCUACCUCAUUGGGAACGUCCUGUUCAUCUUCGGCGCCUACGCGCCCAUCGUGUUCCUGUCGGCCUACGCCAUUGACCAAGGCGUGGAGGAGUACUCGGCAGCCUACCUGCUCUCCAUCACGGGCUUUGUCGACAUGUUUGUUCGGCCCGCCACCGGCCUGAUAGCCAGCAGCAAGUGGAUCAGACCCAGGAUCCAGUAUUUCUUCAGCUUCGCCAUGGUUUUCAACGGCACGUGCCACUUGCUGUGCCCGCUGGUCAAGAGCUACGCCUUCCUGGUGACCUACGCGGUGUUUUUCGGCGUGGGCUUCGGGAUGGUUUUUGCCCUGAUAUUUGAAUGUCUGAUGGACCUGAUGGGAAAUCAACGCUUCCCCAGUGCCGUGGGACUGGUGACCAUCAUCGAGUGCUUCCCCAUGCUACUGGGACCACCCACCGCAGGGUUACUGGUGGACAUCUUCGAUGACUACAAGUACCUUUUCUUCAUGUGUGGCUCAGUGAUUGUGACUGGCGGUCUGUUUCUCUUCGUCAUGAACAUCUACAACUACCACAUGCUGGAGAAGGAGAAGCCAGCAAAGGUCAGAGAGCAGAACCAAAUCACCAUGGAGAACCAGGACCAGUUGAACAUCUCAUCCUAAGGAAAGCGCGAAAGCCCAGAGAAAUCCACAGGCGGAAGAAAGCGAAAAAGACGGCACCUCAAAUCUUAACCCGCCAGUCAGGAGGAGGGAUUUAAUUAUUGCCACUGCGAAGGGUGCAACCAGAUGAACCGACUAAAAGGGCGCUAGUCAAAGCUCAAACGAAGGAAAACCUUUUUUUUAAAUAUGAUGAAAAUAAGGCAUUUGUUUUUUUCUUCAUUUAUUUAAAGACUGUUACUGUCUCAAUUCAGUGGGCUGCAUCCUUGCAGGACCCAGCCUUCACGGUAGAUGUUCACGGGGGCAUGAUGAUGUUAUAUAUUAUAAUAUAACAAUUCUAUUCAUAGGUAUUCAAGUGUCCUCCAAGUAAUGUACAUAACCUCAGGAGACUUUCAUGAGAUCUUUUUCCUUUUGAAGUGUUUACGUCAUACAACUGUCAAUUGGUUUUGCACAUGAAAUACUGUAUCUGCCAGCAAAGACAUGGUAGUAUUUAAAGUGUUACGAGAUGGUUUACCGGCGCACAAACUAACAAGACCAUAAGACGAGCCCCAUUUACUCACCGGAUGAUCAUUCCAAGUGAGGUAAUUCAAUAUAGGCGUGCUGUAUAAUCACAUGUUUAGGUUGUCUACAGUUAAAGAAAUAAGUCAUUUUCAUUCUUGUGAAGUCUACAAACUAUUCAGUGAAGCGCUAAUAGUAAACAAAGAUGAAAAUAAUGGUCCCCGACACAGUAAUAAAGUAAAAAGAUACUAUUACAAUUUUAUGGUAUUUCCCACCUUGUUGAAAAAGAGUUAUAUAUGAUAUAAAUGGAGCCCAGUCCAAAAUAUACAGCGGUUGAGUUAAUUAAAGCCUGGGCUACUAAUUGCAUUUUUACGGUAAUCGUUUUUAUAAACUGUUCAAAGGUGUUAUUUGAUUUGAACAUCUUUGCUUCAA